AUGGUCCCUGACAUGUGCUGGCUGCCGAGCCGUGGCCAGGAAGGGUUUGGAGAAGAGCUGGCUGGGCUCAGGGUGAGCCUUGCGCUGCGGUCAGGCGGGCAGUCGAGUCCCGGAGCCUGGGGUUGGGCCCGCCAUCAAGGUGGAGCUGUUAGUACAGUUCCUGAUCACUUGGUUGAGGUGCACCGACCGGUUCAGCCAUUUAAAGCGUGUGCUGCAGGACAUAAUGCAUCAGCAAAAGAAGAUGUGAGGCAAGCUGAUAUGACUGGCCAGGGCAUAGUACUCUCUUUGUCUCCUGGCUUCAGUGGCCAAAACCCAAUUGUUGAAUUAUUUUCUCACGGAUGUUACGACUGUAGGAUCGUGCUAACUGACCCCUCUGGAGUUUUCACUUCUCCGUGCUUCCCCAGUGAUUAUCCCAACAGCCAAGCGUGCAAGUGGAUCAUUCGAGCACCUCAUGGAUUCAUCAUACAACUAACAUUUAUUGAUUUUGACAUUGAAGAAGCUCCUGGCUGCAUUUAUGAUUCACUGACAUUAGACAAUGGAGAAAGCCCGAUGAACCUUUGUGGCAUCACUGCCAAAGGAUUAUCCUAUAACUCUACUGGAAAUGAAAUGAUCGUGUCAUUUAAAAGCGACUUCAGUAUCCAAAAGAAAGGUUUUAAUGCCAGCUAUGUACGAAUUGCUGUAUCUCUGAGGAAUCAGAAAGUCAUCAUUCCCCAGGUUCCUGACGUUGAUGCUGUGUCCGUGGCAGAGACUGUCUCAAUGCCAGAGCUUAGGCAGUUUACACUGUGCUUUGAAGCAACCAAGGGCAGCAGCGAUGACGACGACGACUGGAAGGUUUUCUCCUACACCGACGCGUUGUCGAGAGAAUUCUUCAGCUUUGGGAAGACUACAAAAGGCCAUUUUCUGUCCGUCUCAGGCAUGCAGUGCAUCCUUGAGAAUGCAUUGCCCCGAAAUGCAGACUUUUUCACGGGAACCUUUCAACAGCUCUGUGUCGUAGGGGAUAGCUUCUCGGGCAGUAUAGGUAUAUAUGCCAAAAGCACCUAUCAUAUAGUGUACUGUCCGGGUAUCUUUGGCAAAGUUAUCCCUGGAAAUGGCAGGCUGGUGCUGGGCUCUAACAGCAAUGAAGUGAGCUCUCUAAACGGGGACAUUUACAACUUCCGCCUCUGGAAUUUCACCAUGAAUGCGCAAACACUGGCCAACCUCAGCUGUGAUGUGAAAGGAAACAUUGUAGACUGGGAAAAUGAAUUCUGGAGUAUUCCAACUUCAGCACUGAAAGCAGAAAACAAUUUGAGUUGUG